AUGGACAGAGUAAAUAAGUGCAGUGUAUGUGACAAGGUCUUCACGGAAAAGUCCAACCUUACACGCCACAUGAAAAUCCAUGCACCAAAGGAGAACCAGUGUGAUGUUUGUGGAAAAAGCUUCACAACCAAACCCCAGCUGAACAACCACAUCAAGCUGCAUCAGUAUCCAAGCAUCCCUCUGUACAGGCAGGGAGAGGCCAGGCUGCAGUGUACUGAUGCAGCCAGGGCUGUCACAGAGGCUCCGAGGAAAGUUGUAGACCCUACCUGGCUGGAUCCCGUGAAGGCGGAGGCUGCUGCAAAGACACUUGGUGGGGAAAUGUGGAAAGGGCAGUUAGUUCUGACCUGGGGGAAGUAUGCUGGACAGUCCUUUAGAUGGCUCCUGGAAAACGAUGUUGGCUGGGUCGUGUGGCUGCUUGCCGAGUACUGCAAGAAAGGUGAAAAAGCUGAGCUUCUACAGUGGCAAAAGGAGCGAAUGUUGGAGUAUGCGAGACAAUUCCCCUCUGUAACAUGUCAUCUUGAGAAGCGGUUGGGGGUAAGAUGACUCUUUUCAUUCCUUAUACUUAGAAAUGGAUGAUAUUUUGAAUAAUCAGUGCUGAAGUAAUACCAGAUGUAUAUAUCACUGUAGGUAAGAGGCUCAUAGAAGUAAACUGGAAUCUGUUUUUUUUUUUUUUUUUCAUAUUUAAUUUUCAGAAACAGACGUCACAAAAAGCCGACUCAGAGCUUCACCAGGACCUUAGCUGUGCAACCGAUGCUGAGUUAUUGGCUGUUGCAGGUAAACUUAUGCUGGAGAGGAUUGAAAUGACCUCAGUAGGAUUAUUUUGGUAAAAUAUGGUUAUCCAGGUAAAAUACAGGAUGUUUAUUAGUAGGCAGCAGAAAACAAUCAAAUGCAUAUCUUUUUGGUAAAAUAUGGUUAUCCAGGUAAAAUACAGGAUGUUUAUUAGUAGGCAGCAGAAAACAAUCAAAUGCAUAUCUUUUUCUGUGAUGUCUAUCUUCAUCAGAAUCUUACCUUGACACGUCAGAGGUGGCAGUCUCCACAAAGCUCACCACCUGGGGAGAGCUUACUCCAGCUGUGUGUCAGGACACGAGGCCUGAAACUUCAUGCCCAGCACCAACAUCUGCCUCUGAUUCUGGCAUCAUUUUGGAGGGUUGGCAGAAGUACUGGGAGAACCCACCUGCAGCUUCCCAAGCCCUCGGAAUAGCCCUCCCAAACAUCAAGUGGCUUAAAUCUAAUGAGACAUUUGGCCUCUUUGAAAGGGCCUCAAAAUACAAAAAUGCCAAAGGAGAGAUAGUGGAGAGGAAGCUUCUUAAGGACAGAAUGGAGUUCCACCCACCCCCACCUCCCGUCUCGGUUAAGGGAGGAGUGCCAAACAUGCUGGCCUUCUUUACCACCCCGGCCUUCUUCUGGCGGCCAGUUGGUGUGAUGCAAGCCAUGAUCCGCUGCCCAAACGCUAAUUGUCCUGCACCUCUAGGGGAGUACCUGCAGAAAAAAGGAUUCGGUAGCUACGCAAGGCAAGUCUGUGGUGUCCAGUACAACUACACUCUGUUGACAGAGAAGCUCAUCUGCCCACAUUGCCAGAAGACCAGGCAGGCACAGGGAGAUGCUGAAGAUGAGGAUGAGGAUGGACACAUGCAAUACACAUGA